CCCCUUCUUGACCCCUCCCCCAACUUCUUCGGGAGGGGGAGGGGGGAUGUCGAAGCGAGUCAUGAUGGUGGCGACCAGGCCCUGAUGAACUAGCGGAUUCACUCACUGCCUCCCAGACCUGCCCGCAGCUUCUGAGGACGGACUCCCCGCUGGCCCCGUGCCUUGGGGAGAAGGCGAUCGCGGCCGAUCACGCCGGGGGAAAGCGACAGCGGGAGCGGCGGCGGCCCAGGCCCGGGGGAGAGGCCGCCCCACAGGGUGAAUGUGACCAACCCCACCAGCCACCUCGACCUCCCUCCCAGCGGGCCCGAGGGGCCGACCGAGCCCACAGCAACCAUGGCGUCCGGGGGCGGCGGCGACACCAUGCAGAUCACUCUGAAGACCCUCCAGCAACAGACCUUCAAGAUCGACAUCGACCCUGAGGAGACGGUUAAGGCACUGAAAGAGAAGAUUGAAUCUGAAAAAGGAAAAGAUGCCUUUCCGGUAGCAGGCCAAAAAUUAAUUUAUGCAGGCAAAAUCCUCAACGAUGAUACUGCUCUCAAAGAAUACAAAAUUGAUGAGAAGAACUUUGUGGUGGUUAUGGUGACAAAACCCAAAGCAGCAGCUACUUCAACACCAUCACCAGCUACAACGCAACAAUCAAAUCCUGCUACCACUACUACAGUUAGUUCAUCUACCGCAGCAUCUGUGGCUCCAGCCCCAACUCCUUCCCCUGCCUUGGCUCCCACCCCUACGCCUACAUCUGUCACUCCAGCACCAGCUGCAGCAGCUUGUGAACCUAUACCUACUAGUGCUCCUAAGGAAGAGAAACCAGCAGAGAAGCCAGUAGAAACUCCUGUUGGUAUUAGCCCAACGUCAUCUGACAGUACCCUGGGUGACUCUUCUCGGUCAAACCUUUUUGAAGAUGCAACGAGUGCUCUUGUGACGGGCCAAUCCUAUGAAAAUAUGGUGACUGAGAUCAUGUCAAUGGGUUAUGAGCGAGAGCAAGUAAUUGCAGCAUUGAGAGCCAGUUUCAACAACCCUGAUAGAGCAGUGGAAUAUCUUUUAAUGGGUAUCCCAGGAGAUAGAGAGAGUCAAGCUGUGGUGGAUCCCCCCCAGGCUGCCAGCACAGGGGCUGCUCAGUCUUCAGCAGUGGCAGCAGCUGCAGCCACAACAACAGCAACAACUACUACUACUACUACUUCUGGAGGACAUCCACUUGAAUUUUUACGGAACCAGCCUCAGUUCCAGCAGAUGAGACAGAUUAUUCAACAGAAUCCUUCCCUUCUGCCAGCCUUGUUACAACAAAUAGGACGAGAAAAUCCACAGUUACUGCAGUCCUCCAAUGCACCACAGCAAAUCAGUCAACAUCAAGAGCAUUUUAUUCAAAUGCUAAAUGAACCAGUUCAAGAAUCUGGUGGCCAAGGAGGAGGUGGGGGUGGCAGUGGAGGAAUAGCUGAAGCUGGAAGUGGUCACAUGAACUACAUUCAAGUAACACCUCAGGAAAAAGAAGCUAUAGAAAGGUUAAAGGCAUUAGGAUUCCCUGAAGGACUUGUGAUACAGGCUUAUUUUGCUUGUGAGAAGAAUGAAAAUUUGGCUGCCAAUUUUCUCCUACAGCAGAACUUUGAUGAAGAUUGAAAGGGACUUUUUUUUUAAUCUCAUACUUCACACCAGUGCAUUACACUAACUUUGUUCACUGGAUUGUCUGGGAUGAUUUGGGCUCAUAUCCAUAAUACUUGGUAUAAGGUAGUAGGUGGUUGGGGGUGGGGUGGGAGGGGAUAUAGGAAAUAGGGCAGGAAUAAAUACAGUGCAUGUCUGCUUUAAAUUAGCAGAUGCAGAAAAUCCACACAUUGUAAAAUACUAUACAACCAAAAAUCAGCUUUUGCAGGUAUUUAGUUCCUUCUAUAAAACUGUAGGUAACUUUUCCUAGGUUUUCACUCUUUUUAGUGUACUAGAUCCAGAAAUUUAGUGUAAUGCCCUGCUUCUUGUUUCUUUUGACUUAACAUUGGUUUUGGAGAGAGCCUUUGCUACCUAGAAUCUACAAUCUCUAUUUCAUGGCAACACUGGAUAAUGGCUUUGUGAAAUUAAAAAGAUUUUUGGAGCAACUGUAAACAUAAAUGCCAAAUUAUAGGUGGUUAUUUGUGCUGCUUCAAAUAUGUAUGAAAUUAGUGUAAGAAAGCCCAUUCUUUCAUGUUAAUUGCUGGGGGACAGGGAGAAAUCCUUUCUGAUGAAAAUCAUUACUGCUAUUUUAAAAUUCCUUGAUCAUUGAAUGUGAGACCCCUUCUAACAUGAUUUAAGAAGCUGUACACAUACAGGCAAAGUUAUUUUCCUGUUGAUGAUUUUUUUUCUUUUGGUGAAAAAAUGGUAGAAACCUAAUUACUGUUUACUUCAAUGUUAUAUUGCAGUAAAAGUUUUAAAAUAACCAUUGCAUGUUUGCUUUUGAUGUAUCCCAUUGUGAACUAAGCACUUUUGGGGCCAAUGGAGAAAUGUAGCAUUCACUCUCACUUCUCUCUCCCCUCCCCUAAGCAGAAAUGUUUUGAGUUCCAACUACUACCUUUUUUUUUAACUGAUUAAAAAGCUGAUCCAUCAUAAAAUUGAAGGAAAUAUUUCAAAAUUAGUUUUCUGAUGCUUGUACACCUUUUCCCCUUUCUCAUAUGGGAGUAGUAUAUGGCCAACUCAAGCUACUGGCAUUGUCUUGCUUUCUUUAAAAAAAAAAAAAGUGCAUAGAACUGUCUCCAGCAACUUUUCUUCCAUUCAAACAAAAAGGGCAAAACCUAUUGGGAGGGUUGGGAAAUGGAAGCUGGUAAGAUAUAAAACUUUGGAAAAUAAACAAUCAAGGUAACUCAUGGCAUAUUAAAAGAAAAAUCUUAAUAGCAGUGUUGGCUUUCUUUUGUUUUGUUUUACCCUUUUUAUUUCUCUUUGUAAAUCUUGAUAAUUGAUCCUAAGAGGGGGCAGGCAUCUACACACUCUUGUUUCUCACAUAUUUUGGCCUAACAUAAACUUAAGUAUUUAAAGAACUAAUUUUGAAUUUGUUUUGACUCUGUGAUGCUGAGUAGGAAGAUGAAGUUUGCACAGAUUUUUCCCUGAAGUAAUCUCUUGCAAUAUUCUUAGCACAGCUUGAUGAUGAUGCUGUUUUGAGCUUCUGUGUCAUGCACUCGUUACCUUCUGUCUCCUAUGAAAAUAAACGAAACUAUGAUUUUUUCCCACA